AUGACCGAAAACCAAACCGCACAUGUAAGGGCGUUGAUAUUGGAUGCCACCCCAUUAAUUACGCAGUCCUACACACAUUACCAGAAUUAUGCACAGUCUUUUUAUACUACUCCCACAGUUUUUCAAGAAAUUAAGGAUGCUCAAGCAAGGAAAAACCUUGAAAUUUGGCAGAGCCUCGGAACUUUGAAAUUAGUACAUCCAAGUGAAAACUCGAUAGCCAAAGUAAGUACGUUCGCCAAAUUGACCGGUGACUACUCCGUACUGAGUGCCAAUGAUUUGCAUAUUCUUGCUUUGACAUACGAGUUAGAAAUUAAACUAAAUAAUGGCGAUUGGAGACUGAGGAAAAAACCAGGUGAUGCAUUAGAUGCGUCCAAGGCUGACGUUGGUACGGACGGCAAACAGAAGCUCACAGAAGAUAAUAAAAAGGAGGAGGACUCUGAAAGUGUUCCAAAAAAAAAGAACAAGAGAAGAGGUGGAAAAAAGCAAAAGGCAAAAAGAGAAGCAAGAGAAGCAAGAGAAGCUGAAAAUGCAAACCUUGAGCUAGAGAGUAAAGCUGAGGAACAUGUUGAGGAGGCUGGAUCCAAAGAGCAGAUAUGUAAUGAUGAAAAUAUAAAGGAAUCUUCCGAUUUAAAUGAAGUAUUCGAGGAUGCUGAUGAUGAUGGUGAUUGGAUUACCCCCGAGAACUUAACAGAAGCAAUUAUUAAGGAUAGUGGUGAAGAUACCACUGGUUCAUUGGGUGUAGAAGCGUCCGAAGAGGAUCGCCAUGUCGCAUUGAAUCGACCAGAGAAUCAGGUGGCAUUGGCGACUGGCGAUUUUGCCGUCCAAAAUGUAGCGUUGCAGAUGAAUCUAAAUCUAAUGAAUUUCAUGUCAGGUCUGAAAAUCAAGCGAAUCCGUAAUUAUAUGCUAAGAUGCCACGCCUGUUUCAAAAUAUUUCCUCUACCAAAAGACGGCAAGCCAAAGCACUUCUGUGCCUCAUGCGGUGGACAGGGUACCUUAUUAAGAUGCGCAGUUUCCGUUGACUCACGCACGGGGAACGUUACACCGCACUUGAAGUCGAACUUCCAAUGGAACAAUAGAGGAAACAGAUAUUCUGUAGCCAGCCCCUUAUCUAAGAACUCCCAAAAAAGGUACGGCAAAAAGGGACACGUACAUUCUAAACCACAGGAAAAUGUGAUUCUCAGAGAAGAUCAAAAGGAGUACGAAAAGGUGAUAAAGCAAGAAGAAUGGACAAGAAGACACAACGAGAAGAUUCUAAACAAUUGGAUUGGUGGCGGUUCUGCGGAUAACUAUAUUUCUCCAUUUGCAAUUACUGGGUUGAAGCAGCAUAACGUCCGCAUUGGUAAGGGAAGGUACGUCAACAGUUCCAAAAGGAGAAGUUAG